AUGCCAUUCCCAAUGUUGACGGCGGACACUUCAAGUUUACCAAAUAGUGUAGACACGGCUACAAUGACUGUUGGUAGUGAGGAUGAUGGUCCGCAACUACCACCUCAACUACCACCCCAACUACAACAACUUCAACAACUCCAACAACAAAAGAUUAAUAACAAACAACAAUUACAACAAUUACAACAACAGAGGAAAUCAUCGUUGACUCUGACCUCGACUUCAGAGGUAUCAUCUACUUCACUCGAUUAUAAUGACGCCAAGUAUAUGAACAGACUUGAGAACCUACCAUUCUCAAUGUCCUUUGAAGAGUUGCACACAUCUGUACAUCAACAACAACAACACAUGCAACAACUUCAAUUGGAUGCCGAUCGGAAACAGAGCGAACUACAGCAGAUGGAUAGUCCACCAUGUGGUCGUGUGCUUGAGCUUGAGCUUGAGCUUGAGCUUGAGCUUGGACUUGGGCAGACUCAACAAGACAUUGUGGCUGUCCAAGAUACACUCAAUCAAUCAACUGAACACACUAUGGAUGUCAACGAGAUCAUGCCUUUGCCCCAACCUCAACAUAAGCUUCAGUCUCAUCUUCAUUUGUCAUUCAAGAAUGAGCCAUUGGUCAUAACAACAACUUCGAUGUUUAAGCCAAGGAGUAAUACUAUCGCAGAGUCAACUCCUCAUCUACAUCCUCAUCACCAUUAUCAUGGUAAUGGAGAGCGUGAGGUGGAGAUAGGGUUUGCCGUACGCACCGCAAUUCAAUUGAGGCAAUCAAUCGAUCAAUUUACUCCGCCACCAUCAUCAACAUCAUCGUCCACACAACAUAGUGGCUACAGCAGUAAUCAUGGCGGCGCCAACACAAAUGGCGCUACUGCUCCGCCACACUUGGAUGGUUUGGAAGUGGUGACCCAACCUGACGCCGAGGCUGCCACUGGCAACCCGCCCACCACACCCAAGUCUGGACCAUCGUCCCCAUCACUCAAUGGUGGUACUGCACAAGACUCCUCACCACUGCUACUAGAUCAAUUAAUCAACGACAACAACAACAACAAUGACACCAACAAUGACAAUGGCAAGGCAGUAACAGAACGUAAUAUAUCCGAUCGAUCAAAGAUACCAAAGUCGAGUCUGAUCAAUCGUGCAUGGACAAUGGGUAGCAUUGAGGCGGCCAAGCUCAUGUCUGAGAAGGAUGCUCCUCUGCAGCAGAAGCCACAGGGUGUGUUCACAGGCACGUUAACUUGUGGUGGCCUGGCAAGCUCGAAGCGUUUCGUCAGCCCAUCGCACUACUCCAACUCAUUGCUAGUGCCCAUCGACAAGAAGUCCGACUUCUCGCUGACCAUCGAGUCCAGCGAGACGGUCCAGACGGCCAAGAAGUCAUACACGGUAUACGUGAUCAAUGUGCGCAGCGAUGACUUGGUAUGGAGCAUCGUGCGACGCUACAAACACUUCCGCGCGUUCGCUCUCAAGAUCCAGACAGAGGUGCCGUCGCUGUCGGCUGUGGACUUCCCCUCCAAGAAGUACAUUGGCAACAUGGACGAAGCAUUCAUCAAGCAUCGCAUGGAGUGUCUGCAGGCGUUCCUCACCGAGAUCUGCCAGUCAGUGCAGGCCAAGCAGUCACGCAACCUCAAGGUGUUCCUCGACCCCAACUUCUCUCCGUCGCUCAAGACGUUGGCCAACCCAUCACGCGAAGGCUAUCUCUACCUGCUGAUACAGCGUGCCAAGCCCAUCUCCAACAGGAAGGUGCGUCAGUGGACCAAGAUGUACUUUGCGGCGAUGAACUCCAAUCUGUUCUAUUGGAGGACACGUGAUCAGUAUGCCGAGGCCAAGGGUGUGAUCCCCUUACGCGACUGUCGCGCCAAGAUUGUGCAUACAUUGGACAAACUGUGCAUUGAAGUUCAGAUUGAUGGGCCUGACGUCAUGUCCCGCAAGACUUCGGCUGGCGCUCAUCACCCCAUGGCUGUGCCCUCGGCAUCGCCAUUCUCUUGCGCCAGUGCUCGACCAGACGACGACGAAAUGAUCAACAACAAUGUCGAGCGAUACUAUCUCUGCUCCGAGUCCGAGUUCAAAUUGAACCAAUGGCUGGAGACCAUCAACAAGGAGAGCAUCAUCCCCUUGCCAGGCAGCAUUACAGCCAACAACAGCACCACGGACAACAACAACAACACAUCAAUGUCGUCCAUUGUAAAUAUACCAAACCCACCACCUGCUCCAACCAUGUCACUUGGUCGUAGCUUCGCGCCCAAGCUCAAUGCAUCUGGCACAUCCACACUAAGUGUCAAGAAGUCCCUAGCCGCCAACAUGGUCCUCCAAAAGGAGUUGGCCAACAGCUUCCGCGUAUGCAUCAAUGAUCAAGAAUGGCAAGUCGAUCACUCAUCCACCAACAAAGGUACUGAGAAGAACAAACUGAACAAGGAGACGAUCAAUCUAUUGGAGGCAACACUAUCGUACAAGACUGUACUAUCUCCAGAGCACAUCAAGCUUCAGAUCAAGGAACAACAGCAACAGAAACAACAACAUCAAGUGGACUUGGAUGAGCCCGCACCAACACAAACCCCAACCUCCACAACUUCCACCACGACACCAACAUCAACUGCACCUACACCAAUUACACCGACGACGAUGAGUAAGAGGAGAUUCCUCUCACUAUCAAGGAUCAAUCCAAAGAGUAGUAAUGUGGCCGCGUCAUCAUCGGCCAGCUUGUCUUCAUCACUCAGCUCCAGCCAGCAGGCCAAGGUGCUGGCAGAUAGAAACAAACAGAAGUUGGGCGACUUUGCUCUGAUGGGCAGCGAGGAGAUUGUAUAUAUUAGCGAAAGCAUCAUUCACAUGCACGAGAACUCUGGAACUAUUGGCAGGAUAACUCUGACCAACUACCGUCUGCACUUCACACCCUACUACACUGGCAACAAGCAAUCCAAGAAGUGUGAGUUGGACGGCGUCUCUGUCGUUCUCGGCAGCAUCAAGGGCAUUGUCAAGUGCACAGGCUUCACGCCGGACAACCUCAAAUACUACGCGUUUGAGAUACGCUGCAAGGACUUCCAUCGAGUACGAUUCAUGCAUCUACCUGGAUCAACGCAACAGAAGGCUAACGCCAGACUAUACGAGAUAUUCGAGAACCUCAUAUUCCUGGAGUAUCCCAAACUUUAUUGCUUUGGCAACACUGAGCCACUGAUAGGUAUGGGAUGGGAUGUAUAUAACCCGAUAGAGGAGUACAAGCGCAUGGGAAUACCGAAUGAGAGCUGGAGGAUAUCAGACUUCAACAAUGAUUAUUAUUACUCGCCAACUUAUCCAGCAUCAUUGGUCGUGCCCAAGAAGAUCACUGAUCUGGAACUGAUCAACAUAGCAUCAUUUAGAUCAAAGGGUCGCAUACCGGCAGUGGUCUGGAAGAGUGCCAAAGACCAUCCUGUGAUCAUACGUUGUUCACAGCCAGUGAUUGGUGUGACUGGCAAGCGAUGCUUUGAGGACGAGAAGCUGGUGGAGUGCGUGCGUCUGGCCAACCUUCUGUCGGAGAAGGUGUACAUCUUGGACGCGCGACCACAGAUCAACGCCGUCGCCAACCAGGUCAUGGGCAUGGGCUACGAAGGCUCGACCAAGGGCACGUACAACAACGUGAUCCUCAAGUUCCUGGGCAUCGAGAACAUCCACAAGAUGCGUGACGCGCAGACCAAGUUAUCCAAGGCGGUGAUGUUUGAGCGCGAACCCGAGCGCCAGCAGGCCAAGAUGGCUAAGGCCACCGAGCUGUGGUUGGGCCACAUCCGCGCCAUCCUCUCUGGCGUCGUGGAGAUUGUCGACACGAUCCGCUUCUACAAGUCGUCGGUGAUUGUCCACUGCUCGGACGGCUGGGACCGCACCAGCCAGCUGUGCGCGCUGGCCGAGCUGAUCCUGGACGCCAAGUACCGCACGAUCCUGGGCUUCCAGCGCCUGAUCGAGAAGGAGUGGCUGUCGUUUGGCCACAAGUUUGAGUCGCGAAUUGGUCAUGGCUCGCGCGAUGAGCACACCAUCGAGCAUGCGCCCGUCUUUGUGCAGUUCAUCGACUGCGUCUACCAGGUGAUGCGCCAGCACGCCAGCAAGUUCGAGUUCAACACGCAGUAUCUGCAGGACAUUGUGCACCACCUAUACUCCUGUCGCUUUGGCACGUUCCUGUUUGACAGCGAGGCUGAGCGCGUCAACAAUGACCUGCGCAGUCGCACACCCAGUCUCUGGAGCUACCUGAACCAACACACGACACAUUAUCGCAAUGCUCAAUACCAAGUCAACAAUCAAGAAGAUAUCUUGUCUAUCGACACUAUGAGUCUUGGCCUUUGGAAAGAGUACUAUGGACACUGGCGCAAUGUACAUGGACAUUGA